CGACCGCUUACCUGGGCCUGGAGAGGGAGGAGGGAGGCGGGAGCGACCCAAGGUGGAGUGUGAGAAGGAGAGAGCACGACCACCCGUCGGCCGGUCUGUCUGUCCGUGGUGGUGCUAAGAAACUAGGAUGAACCGAAGCAUUCCUGUGGAGGUUGAUGAAUCAGAACCAUACCCAAGUCACUUACUGAAACCAAUCCCAGGCUGUUCCCAGGAAGAGGCAUCUGAACCACCUGCUCCAAAUCUAAGGAACAUGGCACCCAACGGCUUGUCUGCACCCCAAACCCCUCACUGUUCCUCAGGAGACUUUUCUCAGGCUCAUCCACCCCUGAAACUUUCCAAUCACCUGCGGCCUGUGUCCCAGCAUGUCACCUGCCUGCGCACUAAAAUCCUGGAGGAGAGCGAAGACAGCUUCUGGAGGAGACACCCGGACCCAGGCAAAGAUUUUCCCUCGGGUUCCUCUGCAGCCUGCCAGCACGAGCCUGAGUCUGUGGUUGGAGCCCUCCCCCUGGAGCAUCAGUUUUCAUUUAUGGAAAAACGGAAUCAAUGGCUAGAAUCUCAGCUUUCAGCAGCUUCUCCUGACACUGGCCAUGACUCAGAGAAAUCAGACCAAAGUUUACCUAAUGCCUCAGCAGACUCCUCGGGCAGUAACCAAGAGACGGUGCAACAGCCCUGGCCCCACAGGAACCGAGCAGCUCCAGAUCUGCCUACAAUAGACACGGGGUAUGAUUCCCAGCCCCAGGAUGUCCUGGGCAUCAGGCAGCUGGAAAGGCCCCUGCCCCUCACCUCUGUGUGUUACCCCCAGGACCUCCCCAGACCUCUCAGGUCCAGGGAGUUCCCUCAGUUUGAACCUCGGAGGUACCCAGCAUGUGUACAGAUGCUGCCUCCCAGCCCUCAUGCUCAGUGGAACUGUCAUUACCAUUGUCCUGGAGGUCCCCAUCACCAGGUGCCAUGUGGCCUCGACCACCCUCAAGCAGCCUACCAUCAAGUGUUCCAGCCACGCGGGCAGCCCCUCCUGGGAGCCAGUGGGCGAGGCCCACACCCUGUGCAGAAGGUCAUCCUGAACUACCCCAGCCCCUGGGACCAAGACGAGAGACCGGCACAAAGAGACCAUUCCCCAGGGCUCCCAAGGGACCAACUAUAUCAUCAGCCACCUAAUCGAGCGGGAGUUCCUGAGGAGUCCUUGGAGUGUCCUGCAGAGUUGAGACCACCAGCUCCCCAGGCUCCAUCCCCAGCUGCUGUCCCCAGACCCCCUAGUAACCUUCCAGCUAGAGGAACUCUGAAAACAAGCAAUUUGCCAGAAGAAUUACGGAAAGUCUUUAUCACCUAUUCUAUGGACACAGCCACGGAGGUGGUGAAAUUCGUGAACUUUUUGUUGGUAAAUGGCUUCCAAACUGCAAUUGACAUAUUUGAGGAUAGAAUCCGAGGCAUUGAUAUCAUCAAGUGGAUGGAACGCUACCUUAGAGAUAAGACAGUGAUGAUAAUUGUAGCAAUCAGCCCCAAAUACAAACAGGAUGUGGAAGGUGCCGAAUCACAGCUGGACGAGGAUGAGCAUGGCUUACAUACUAAGUACAUUCAUCGAAUGAUGCAGAUUGAGUUCAUAAAACAAGGAAGCAUGAAUUUCAGAUUCAUCCCUGUGCUCUUCCCAAACGCUAAGAAGGAGCAUGUGCCCACCUGGCUUCAGAACACUCACAUCUACAGCUGGCCUAAGAAUAAAAAAAACAUCCUGCUGCGGCUGCUCAGAGAGGAAGAGUACAUAGCCCCUCCCCGGGGGCCUCUGCCCACCCUUCAGGUGGUACCCUUGUGACCCCAACCAUCCUCAGAGCCCCAGGGCCAUGCUGUGUGUGUGUACUUACAAGCACUCUUCUAGCAGAGGCUGUUCGUUUGCAGGCCCUCUCAGAGGGCUCCCCGCAACCCCAGAAAACCUGUUCUGCAGAGCAUUCUUCCUCCAGAGACCUCCUUUCAGACAGAGGCCAUGUUGCUCUGCCUUCCCUACUGCUAACACCCACGGCAUGUUGCUCCUAACUGUCUGAUGUGUCCAUUCUGGGCCUCUCACUGCUUAGCGAGUAGAUCAUAUAAAUGAUGUUGCAAUAAAUGUGAACGGACCACAAACGCUCUCCCAUCGCUUAGGGCUAUUUUUAUGAGUUAGCCAGAUGUUCUUGUGUCCUCAGACCAACCUGAUUCGUGUACAGAUAAUAAAAUGUUUACUCUUUUGUAA